AUGAAGCGUUACACCAAUAAUGGGAAGUCAGUGUGGGGACAGAAUCGAACCGAUUCAUACCCGGUUAAUAGGUUCGGCGGACGCCCACCGUUCGGGGGCCGCCGUGAGGGAAGCGGGAAUUACCGAUCGUCAGGGGACGACGGUGACGUAGAGGGUUGCACGAUAAAAGAGACCCAUCACGAUGAUCACGUAAGCAACAAAUUGGAUCGGGUUCUGGAAAAACUUGAUCAAUUCGAUGUAUGGAGGGAAGAGGCUGAUCGGAAGUUCAAGACCUGGGCGCCGGCGGUAACACGCGAACCGGACAUGCCGCUAGGGUUCGACGAGGGGGAUGACCCCCAAUGGGACGACAGCAGGAGAAGAAGACCGGUGGAUGGAGGGUUUCCGCCAAGAAACCCUAAUCUUGGUUUCCAAGAGGGGCCGUGUCGCGAGGAGAGGGGCCGUAUCGGCCAUGGCUGGGAACCUCACGGGGAGAGACAUAGCAAUUUCAGCCGCCCCGCGACUUGUUGGGACCCACCACAUCGUUACAAGUCCCACGUUACGGGCUAUGAGAAACCUCAGAAAGUUAAGAUGCACCCACCUCGAUUCAAUGGAGCGGACGCUACGAAUUGGGUGUCAAGGGUCCAGUACUACUUCGACCACGUGAUGAUGCCCGACGCAGAACGCCUGCACUACGCCGUCAUGUUGUUCGAUCCGCCGGCCGCGGAAUGGGUUUUCAAUUAUUCCGCAAACAACGAGUUCGUCACGUGGCAAGACUUCUUGGAGGACGUACGUCAUCGUUUUGACAGACAGAGUUUUAAAAACUAUUAUGGGCUUCUCGCCAAACUUACGCAGACGGGAACCGUGCUGGAAUAUCACGAUACUUUCGAAAAGUACCUUAACAGAGUGCAAGGGGUCCCGGAAUCGGACUUGUAUACACUCUUCGUCGCGGGCCUUAAGCAGGACAUGCAAGAGCGUCUCAGGUUACAUCGACCCACGUCACUGGCAGCCGCAAUGGCCUUGACGUUGGAAUUGGCAGACAUUCAGGCGGAUCGUGGGCAACCGGUGCCGCCUACGGGUUUGCGUCGUCCUUGGCAGAACCGGGAGUCUCGCGGGCAACCUGGGGCCCCUUCUUCGCUAACCCAUGCUCAGCUCCCAGGGGUGACUGCCUCCGCAGCAGGACAGCAGGGUCGGGGAGCGGAGCAGCCGCGCCCAGCAAUUAUCCGGGUUUCUCAGGCAGAGAAAUCCGAGCGGUCCAGACUGGGCCUUUGUUGGCACUGCCCCGAAAAGUGGGCGACGGGCCAUGUGUGUAAGCAACGCAUCCUCUGUUAUGCGGAUGAUGUGGAGGAGCUAGAGGAGCCGUGUCCGGAGAAACCCCUGGCAGCUGACGUUUCACACAUUCAUGCCAUGGACGGGGGUCGACGAUCGCGCCCCUUUCGCGUCUUGGGGAUGGUACAGGGCCAGGAAGUGAGCAUACUCAUCGACACAGGGAGUGACAAGGAUUUUAUGCACCCCCGGAUAGCGGAGAAAUUACACCUUCCCCUAUCGUCGAUUCGCCCUUUCCGGGUCUACGUCGGCAAUGGUGAGGCGUUAUUGUGCUCCCAUGUUUCACGCCAGACGAAGCUGGAAGUACAGGGCACGGUUAUCACGGUGGAUUUACACGUCCUUCCGGUGCACGGCCCGGAUAUUAUCUUAGGUAUGGACUGGCUCAAAUCGUUGGGCAAGGUUACUGCGGACUUUGUGGGCAAGAUCCUGGAAUUUGUCCAGGGCAAUACCCGAGUCACUUGGCAAGGGAUUGUUCCUCCGCCACAACGUAUCAACUUGCAGGCUUUAACGACUUUGCUACUGACGACGGAGAUUCUGGAGUGUUUUGAGAUCAUGUUGCUAGACCCAGAGUCCCCGUCACCUCAGCCGGCCGGCAAAGGAUUCCCGCCAGAUCUGCCGCCGGAUCUAUUGGCAGUGUUGGAGCAAUUUCAGCAGGUUUUCGGCUUGCCCAACGAAAUACCACCUGCUCGCGCUUACGAUCAUCGGGUGCACCUCUUGCCGGGUACCAAGCCUGUGAAUGUCAGGCCUUACCGUUACCCCUACUUCCAAAAGAAUGAGAUUGAGCGACAGGUGAAGGAGAUGUUGGAUCAGGGAAUUAUUCACCGAAGUAGUAGCCCAUUCUCCUCUCCAGUUCUUCUGAUUCGAAAGAAGGAUGGCUCCUUCCGUUUCUGCAUUGAUUAUCGCGCCUUGAUUAACGCUAAGGCGCCGGAUCACUUUCCAAUUCCCACCGCAGAUGAGCUGUUCGACGAGCUUGGGAAGGCGCGUGUUUUCACCAAAUUGGAUUUGCGUUCGGGAUACCAUCAAAUCCGAAUGCACGAGGAGGAUGUUUUUAAGACGGCCUUUCGAACUCAUGAUGGCCACUUUGAAUUUCUGGUUUACAGCCCUUCACACGAAACCCACACGCAGCAUUUGGCCGCGGUUCUUGGAAUUUUAAAGGAGCACAGUUUUUUCGUCAAGUUAUCGAAAUGCUCUUUCUGCAGCUCGACGGUGGAGUAUUUGGGUCAUCUGGUCAGUGAUGGAUUACUUAAGGCGGACCCGUCUAAAAUAAACGCUAUGACAGCGUGGCCCCAACCGAGAAAUGUGAAGCAACUUCGGGGUUUUUUAGGUUUAACCGGAUACUACCAUCGCUUUGUCGCUCAAUAUGCCCUCAUUGCAGCCCCGUUGACUGAUCUGCUUAAAAAGGAUGCGUUUGAGUGGUCCUCUUCGGCAACAACUAGUUUCGAAAAUUUGAAAAGGGCAAUGACCAGCGCAUCCGUUCUUCGCCUACCUGAUUUUGAUCAGCCCUUCUGCGUUGAAAUCGAUGCCUCGGAUCUGGGAAUCGGUGCGGUUUUAUUACAGGAUAAUCAUCCCAUAGCCUAUUUUAGCAAGAAAUUAGGACCUCGUCGUAAGGUGGCCUCGACCUACCAUAAGGAAUUAUACGCUAUCGCAGAGGCUGUCCAGAAAUGGCGCCAGUAUUUACUAGGGCGGGAGUUUAUCAUACGAAGCGAUCAAAAGAGUUUGAAAGAGUUGCUGCAACAGGUGGUGCAAACCCCGGACCAACAGUUGUAUGUUCGCAAGCUGAUGGGGUACAAGUUUGUAAUCGAAUACAAAAAGGGCAGCGCAAACAAGGCUGCCGACGCUCUGUCUCGCCGCGAAGGGUCGCCAACGGCAGGUGACGAUGCCGCCGGUGAGGAGGAAGCCGUGGAGACGAGCCGGAGCUGUGCUCUCCUGGCGGCGGCGGCCCAUCCGGUCCCGCGGCUUAUCGAUAUAUUGAAGAAUGAGACACGCUCGUCUCCCGAAAUGCGAGAGCUUGUGAGGGAUAUCGCGGAGGGUCGAGCGCCACCCCACCUGACCUUGGUAGAUGGUCUGGUGUACUAUAACCUCCGGAUUUAUGUGGGUUCACGCUCAUCGGGCCGCAUCCCUAUUUUGAGGGAGUACCAUAGUUUGCCUUCGGCGGGCCACCCAAGUUUUGAGCGGACUUUAAAACGAGUAGCCACGGGAUUUUACUGGCGUAAUAUGAAGAAGGACGUGAAGAAAUUUGUCGAGGCUUGCGUGGAUUGCCAAACGACCAAAUACUCCACGCAAAAGCCAGCAGGGUUGCUACAGCCGCUACCUAUCCCGUCGCAGGUUUGGGAGGACGUUUCGAUGGAUUUCAUCACGGGCCUACCUCAAUCGCGAGGUAACACGACGAUCAUGGUGGUGGUGGAUCGCUUGUCUAAGUAUGCGCAUUUUGCCCCUCUCCCGACCAGUUUUGACGCCCUAAAGGUGGCCCAGUUAUUCGUCAACACAGUCGUCCGUCACCACGGAUUCCCAAAGACAUUGGUCUCGGACCGCGACUCGGUCUUCUUGAAUCAAAUUUGGAAGGAGUUAAUGCGCCUCAGUGGUACGAAGUUGAAUUUUUCUACGGCUUACCAUCCGCAAUCGGACGGUCAGACGGAGGUGCGAAAUCGCGGGUUGGAACAGUAUUUGAGGGCUUUCACUGCGGAUCGCCCGUCUAAGUGGGCUAAUUUCUUACCUUGGGCAGAGUUGGCACUAAAUUGCUUCCAUCACGCGGGAUUAGGGAUGUCUCCUUUCAAGGCGCUUUAUGGGCGCGAACCCCCAAGUUUGAUCUUCGCCAAACCGUCGGCCGCGAUGCCUCCAUCGGUGGCCGAAUUAAUCACGCAAAGGGGGCUGCUUUUGGUGGAAUUGCGCAGGAAUCUGGAACGCGCACAACAACGAAUGUGCGACAAGGCAAACAAGCACCGUCGCCAUGUUGAAUUUGAGAUAGGCGAUAAGGUGCUACUUAGGUUGCAGCCGUACAGACAGCAUUCAGUGGCGCGACCCCAAUCCGCCAAGUUGGCGCGCCGUUUUUAUGGGCCUUUCGAGGUCUUGGAACGUAUAGGCCCGGUGGCUUAUUGCCUGCGGUUGCCGGAAGGUAGUAGGAUACACAAUGUGUUUCUUGUGAGCCUUUUGAAAGCCUUCGUCGAGGGGGACGCCGGCGGCGACCCCAUAGCAUUGUCGUCCGAGUUCUUUGGGGAUAGACCGUUAGUGUAUGCUGUGCGAGUGCAUGCGGGUGAGCCGAAGGAUCAUGUGUUGGUUCGUUGGUCGGAUGGUACAGAGUCGCCGUCGUGGGAGCCGUUGGAGUUGAUACAGCGUGAGUUUCCGAACGUGCUCCUUGAGGACAAGGAUUUUGUUAUCGGAGGGGGGGUUGAUACGGUUCCCAUGCAGACGACGCCGCCAGCCCCCGUCCAGCCUCUUCUACCUGCGGGGGCGUUCGAAGGAGCGGAGCGUGAGACAGAGAGAGUGCCCGAGAUUCAGCGACAUGAACAGCCGUCCAUCGCAACGUCGAAGCCUAAGCGGAGUGCGCGAUCGCCCGAGAAGUAUGGAGACUACCCGUACAGACAGCAUUCAGUGGCGCGACCCCAAUCCGCCAAGUUGGCGCGCCGUUUUUAUGGGCCUUUCGAGGUCUUGGAACGUAUAGGCCCGGUGGCUUAUUGCCUGCGGUUGCCGGAAGGUAGUAGGAUACACAAUGUGUUUCUUGUGAGCCUUUUGAAAGCCUUCGUCGAGGGGGACGCCGGCGGCGACCCCAUAGCAUUGUCGUCCGAGUUCUUUGGGGAUAGACCGUUAGUGUAUGCUGUGCGAGUGCAUGCGGGUGAGCCGAAGGAUCAUGUGUUGGUUCGUUGGUCGGAUGGUACAGAGUCGCCGUCGUGGGAGCCGUUGGAGUUGAUACAGCGUGAGUUUCCGAACGUGCUCCUUGAGGACAAGGAUUUUGUUAUCGGAGGGGGGGUUGAUACGGUUCCCAUGCAGACGACGCCGCCAGCCCCCGUCCAGCCUCUUCUACCUGCGGGGGCGUUCGAAGGAGCGGAGCGUGAGACAGAGAGAGUGCCCGAGAUUCAGCGACAUGAACAGCCGUCCAUCGCAACGUCGAAGCCUAAGCGGAGUGCGCGAUCGCCCGAGAAGUAUGGAGACUACGUCUCCAAAUAG